CGCCAGCAUUUUCGCGGGGAGUGUGGAGUGGACAGACGCUGCGCAGUCUUGAUCGUUUACAAACACUGUUGUAUAAACCCCUCUAAUUUCUCUGAUAUACAUCGUGUGUCGAUGAUAUCGCCUUCAUUGGUUGUUAGCGUGUCCUCAAGCGCGAGGUUGUGAGGAUGAUGGCUGCAGUACCUCUAUCUAGUGCUAGCCUCCUACCUCUUCUAGAUUGUCUUGAGGAUGAAGCAGCUGGACUGUCAGAGCAGACAGAUGCCUAUAUCACCAUCGCAAACCGUCUCAAUGGAGAGGAAGGGCGUCAGUUUCUGCCUGUGGUUGUAAAGCAUUUUGCACGUCUUAGUAAAAUCCUUUUGGUACAUAUCUCCAGUGAGAAUGAGGAGCUGUGUCAAGCUGCACUGCAGGCUUUGGGAUUCUGUGUCUUCCACUCACACAUCGUUUCAGUCAUACCAGCAAAUAUUUCCGAAGAUAUUCUGUCUACACUCUGUAAUGUCGUGGUAAAGUCCAAGGAGAAGUUUACAUGCACACGAGCAUUAUGGGUGAUUUCAAAACAGAAUUUUCCGCCAGAGGUGGCAUCCAAAAAGGCCCCAGAGAUUCUCAAGAGUCUGGAGGCCUUGCAGACUCGAGAGGUUCAGUCAAUCCUCAUUGACCAUGAGUCCCUCAAUGUUGUUAUAAGGUUGCUGGAGCAGGCUCCCACUCAGAUGGCUGCUGGAGCCGUGUGCUGGGCCAAGCUGGUUGUUCCUCUCGUGGUUCAUUCGGCCAAUAAAGUGCGCUUGCGUGCGGCAGCAGCACUGGAAUUGGGCAUGCCUCUUCUUCUGGAGAAACAGCAGGAGGUGGCAGCCAUUGUAGAGCCAAUGAUGUCCUCUAUGCUCAUCCCUGAAAUGCAGAAGCUGUUUGCCUCUAAGAAUGAAACGAAUAUGCUAAAGCUCUGGCCCUUGUUUGUGAAACUUCUGGGGAAAUUGCUCCACAAAGGCGGUGCUUUUAUUAAUUCCUUGCUGUAUUUAGAGGAGCUGGGUUUCCGCAACUCUUCCCCUAAUAUUAAGAAGAUUGCCUUCAUAGCUUGGAAGAGCCUCAUUGACAAUUUUGCCCUUAAUCCAGAUAUCCUGUGCAGCAGUAAGCGUCUGAAGCUCCUCAUGCAGCCCCUUAGUUCCAUCCAAGUCAGGACUGAAGCUCUUCUGCUCACCAAGCUGGAGGUGUGGUGGUAUCUCGUAGUCAAGCUUGGGCCCAACUUCUCCGCUAACUUUGAGCAGGUUGGUGUGCCUCUACUACACAGCACACUUCCUCCUGAUUCUCCACUGCAGUCCCCCACUACACCUGCUCGUACCCCUAACCCAAGCAAUGGCACCCCUAAUACACCUAAAACAGGCAUUCCCUCCUGCAGCACGACGAGCACUACUCCUCGCAUGAAUCUGAAUAGCAGCAUGCAGGCGUCUCAGUCCUACCGCUCCAUUCAGCUCCUGGGACUAGAGAUGACUCUUCACUGGCUCCUGGGUCCAGAGGUUAUGGCCACAGCUGCUAAAGAAAGUCUUCAAAUCAGCUUGGAGCCCUUGACACACCCGUUCCUCACCAGCCCGUCCUUCUUCAGCAGACAUGCCUCUACCCUCAUAUCAGCCAUCAGCGAUGGCUUCAUUGCUGUGGGAAAACAUGCUCCAGAAGCACUUCUUAAUCUAAUUUGGAGCAACCUGAUCAGUUCUGUCAGAACAGCUAUAGAAGCCGGUAACAAGAAGGAACGGCAGGGUUCAGAGGUCCUUACGCUUCUCCUACAGGCUCUUCAGUCCAUCUUGUCUUCAGAUGCUCUGCCUGCUGAACGUGCACUGCUUUUGUUGGAAGCCACCAUUAAAGGAAUCCCUCAGAAGGUGCUUGGUUCUGCAGCUUAUCAAGUGGCAAACAUGGAUUUGUUGAACGGUACACCUGCACUUUUCCUAAUACUGCUAUUUUACAAAAGUAACCAGCUUUCAUCGUUUCUUGAAGAUGAGAGGUUUUUCUCUAGCCUGGAAACCCUUGUGAGCUGUGGAUUUUGUGGACCUACAUCGCCCCUGGCAUUUGGAGAGGCUGUUUUAGGAGCGGUUAGUGGGAGUGCAGAGGUUGUAAAGAACAAGAAACAGCUCUGGAGGAUGUGGAGUGUGGUGGUAAACCCUCUGACGGACACAAUCACUCAGACCAAUGAAGUGAAUCAAGGAGAUGCUCUGGAGCAUAACUUCAGCGCCAUUUACAGUGCAUUGAUGUUUCCAGUCUUUCAUCUGCUUCCUGGUUCAGCCCUACCCCAAAUCACUCAGAAAGCCAUGAUCAGUACUUGGUCCAGGCUUUACAAGGCAUUUGCUCGCUGCUCCGCUUUGGUAGCCACAGCUGAGGAGAAUAUAUGCUGUGAAGAGCUGUGUGCUAAGAUAUCUGCCUCUCUUGAAAGCGAUGCUCUGAAAAGUCUGCCUAUGCUAGAUGCAAUAGCAAACAUCUUGCUGGUCAUCAUUGAGAGUAUGGACUUUUCUCCUUACACGCCACAAUUUCAACAGAAGAUGAAAUCUCCUCAUACACCUUUGAGUUGGGUACGCAAGAAAAGCAGAGCCCUGGGGAAUCUCUCGACCUUCCACACUCUCCUGAUCCAGACUCUAGAUGCAUUUCUUUCUGUGAACCCCUCAGAAGAAUCUGUGGAGCCCGCCUGUGGAGCUUUAAAUGGAAUUGGCUUGGUGAUGGUCUCCAUCUUGUCUACUCUUUUGACUAAUAUAACACUGCCCACGUUCCUACAAGAGGUGCUGUCCACCCUCACCAAACCACUCUCACACCUUUAUGAACAAUUCUCCAGUUAUGAUGAACCAUCAAAGCCCAGUGCAACACUUGGACACAAGUUAGAGAAACUGGCCACAGACCUGCUUGGCUGCCUUCAGACACAAUUGACUCAGCACAACGAUGAGAUGCUUGGUCUGUUGUCGCCCUUGCUCUGUGUGCUUUUUCCACACAAGAGCAAGCAAAUUCGCACUGUGGUCACUCAGUUCUGGAAUGCCACCUUUGGAAAUGCACUCACCUUGACUUACCCCGAGCCUCUGAAGUCUGUGUUAAGUCAGGCUAAGCAGAAAACUCUCUUGAUUUUACCUGGUUUUGGAGCUAUCGAUGCACCAGAUGAUUGCAGUGGACAGUAUACUGGUGAGAGUUCUCAGCUGGACACACAAAUUAGUGGGGUGAAGAUGACCUCUGUGGGAAAGAGGGACUCUCUCCUGGCGAGGGCAGACGAGCUUAAAGGAAGAGGCUCUGUACAUGUAGCAAAGCCAGUGUCUAUCAAGCUGGACUUUGGAUCGCCCAAGCCUUUGCGACGAGAAGCUAUUGAGGAGGCGGCAUCAGUAGAUUUUGUUUUCAUUCCACCUGAGACAAAGCAAAGAGUGCUGACUGAGCACCAGAAAGAGGUCAAAAGGACUAAACGGGUUGACAUUCCUGCUCUCUAUAAUAAUCUGGAUGCCUCCCAGGACACCACAGACUUUUCACAGUGUACUCAGAGUCAGGAGGAGUCAAUGGACAAAUUGACAAAAGAUGAUGGGGAUCAACCUAAAGAAGGGGAUAAGGUAAAACGGCAGUUUUCAAACUCUGGCACUGCUGAUUUGAUUAUGUGUGGGAUAUGCGUGCAUGCUUUCUCUUAUGUGUUAAUUGGUUUUAAUUUUGUUUCCUCCCCUAAGGAGAUUGCCACAAGUGAUGAACCAUCCCCAGAUGUUAAAAUAACCCAAGAAGGAACCAGAUCAGAUGUAGAAACACCAGAAAAAUCUGUGCAAAAUAAAGAUCAAACUUUAGAGAAGGAUCAGUCGCCAUCCAAUGGCAUCACAAUUGAAGCGAGUGGGCAUGAGAAAAGUGAUCUAGAGGGGACCAGCCCUAAUGUUUCGGGUUCAUCUGAUAUGAUAUCAGGUACACCUCCUAAACCCAAUAGCAGACGUCAAUCAUUCAUAACAUUAGAGAAAUAUGUUGAAGGGAAAUCAAGUCCGGCAACUGUUGCAUUUACUGGUCCACUCACCCGGAAAUCAGGUAGACUGGAUUCUUCAAAGGAAUCGAAGUACACGCCAAAUGACUCACAACCUCAGACUACUAAAGAGGAUUCUCAGGAAUCUCAAAAGAUCAGCAGCACUGACCCAUCUGCUCAAAAUGAGAAAGUUGGGGAAGAGGCAAAAGAUGAGAUUAAGUCAAUGGGAGAUCAUCCUUGUGAAGGUACUGAUGAGGAAGGGGAUGUGGUCCCUGACACCCAGACCCAAGUAUCUAGUGAUGCAUCUGGUGUUAAGAGCAGUCCUGUGUCCAAAGCCAGCAUUGAGGAAGACUCUCCUGAAAAAGAUUCACAAAGUCUUGCUAAUUCUCAAUCUAGUCAAGAACCAAGAAGGUCGAGUAGACGGCGAAGUAAACCUGUUCGCCCAGGGGAAGAUCCUGGGGAGAUGAAAAGCAAAGAACAAGUCAGUCAGGUUGCAGACUCAAUGACAAAUACACAUAAGUCAAUACUUACGCCAGCAAGUAGCACUUUAACUGGAAGACGAAUUAAGGUUCGGGAAGACCGUAAAGUUGUAGGUGACCUGCUGAAAAGUAAAGGGAUGAAAGGAGAGCUUAGCCCAAGUGGUUUACAGAUUUUCUCUGCAGAGUCUUCACAGGCACUUCCACGAGUAAGUCAAGGUGAGACUUCUCACGAAAGUUCACCUGUAGCCCAGUCAGAUAGCCAAAGCGGAGAGAGACUGCCAACUCUCAGUGAGUCUAAAAGUCUGGCAUUGGGUAGAUCUCCAAAGAAAACUAGAACACAUGACGAAUCCACAUACAAGGAGGCAGAUGAAAACUCUCAAAAUGAUUCUCAAAAUGCCACAUCCCCUUCGAAAAAGAAACAUUUACAGACACCUCUUUCUGAUUCUGAGGCUGAUGGCCAGCAAUCUCCACGAACGCGAAGAACAAGAAGAUCUGAAUCUCAAUUACUGCAGACCAAAGAAGAAUCGAGUCCGACAGAUUCCCAAACAAUGACAAAGAUGAAGGGAAGAGCUAUGAGGAGGAAAACUGCAGAAGAAGAGACGGACUCUAGUAGAGAUGUUACAUCAACUGUAAAUGCUGAGGAGUUAAGUGCAAGCCAAGAUUCAUCUCAAGGGCUUGGUAGAUACAGAACUCGACGAUCUAAAGGUUUGUUGGCUGCCGACAAUAUGGAGUCUGAAACCCCUGAUAGCCAAGAAGAUGGGCCAAGGCCUAAAAAGAGACUGCGGAAACCCCCGUCAAAUGAGGUGCUACCAGUUGCCACAGAACCUAAAGUUUCUGAGAUAGUGGCAGAAAAGGAGGAUGCUAAUAUUCAAUCAGAAGUAUCAAUGGAGAUGUCACAAGAUGAGGUAGAUCCUGAAGCUAGUUUGGAAAUUUCAGUUAGUGAGACCAAUGAACUUAAGAAAAACAAAGAGUUUCCUUCCUCUUAUAGUGUAUCACAUGAACAGUUCAGCUCUCAAAAAGGAGCAGUAGAUGACAAAGUUGAGACAAAAUUGAAAACUGAAACUGAUGCAGAAUUAAAUACUGGAACUGAUACCGAAGAAAAGGAGAUUAUCAGCGGUAAGGGAGAGGAUGAAGAAGCAAAUUCAUCUUCACAGGCGGUAUCAGAAGACUUAAAGUUUGGCAGUUUGCGUAAGUGCCCACAUACCAGGGGACGGGGCCGUGGACGUAGGCGAUCUAGAAGCUGCAACUGCUUUUUAAACAACCAGGAAGUGUUCUCACAGGGCAGUGACAUCCAAGAAUCAAAGGAUCUGAAAAAUGAGCAGGUUCCACUUGUUGUUGACACCCUGUACUCUAAACCUGAGCAGUCAAGCCCAACAUCCGUAUUGGAGGAAAGCAAGAGCUCACCAAUUGUAGAUUUACCAGUUGCUGAUGUUCAGCCGUAUUCAACCUUGCCUGCUCAACUCCCAUGUGAGGUUGUGUCUUCUGAAAGCCCCAUUACAAAGCUUGGUGUAAUUGUUUCUCAGCUGUCUGAAGCAGAGGAAGAAGCACAGCUUGAAUUAUCCAACCUGAGGGAUGAAUCAAACAAUGUGUUUGUAAAAGUCCAGGAGGUAGAGUCAAAUCAGUUGGAGAGUUCUGGGUGCACAGACAGUCCAAAGCACAACAAAGAAUUAGACAACCCUUCAGUAAGUCAAGAACCACCCCAGAGUUCAACACCUCAAGACACCUCUCCAAGUCAGGGUCGCCCAGUGGAAGAUGCACCUAUAUGCCAAGAGCAACUAGAGUCUUCCCAUGUCCAUCAGGAGGAUGCAGUGAAGGAAAGUGAAGACCUUGCUGUUCCAGAGCCGAGUGGAGAAAAGGUUGUGUUGCUAGAAGAGUCAAAUGGCAAAGAAUUGCUUGACAAGAAUGUUGGUCUCAUCGAGAAGGAUGAAGACACUCAGAUUGACAACCGGGCUCUUUCUGCUGAUAUGCAGGAGUCGUCUGUACCACCUCAAAGUAGUACCUCUGAAGCCUGCUUAGAUUCCCCACCCAAGCCUAAACCUUUAGACGCUCUCAGUGGUGAGCUAGAGCCUGGCCAGAGCCCGAGCAGAAACCGAUCUCGUGCCUGGUCUCCAUCAGCUUCUCCAUCUACCAGUAUUCUGAAGAAGGGACAGAAGAGAACAUGUGAAGAAGAUACCCCAUCCCCCCUCCAAAAGUCUCGUCGAGUGUCUUUUGCAACUCCAAUUUACCAUCAAGAACUGGCUGAUGAUAUUGAUCGACGUAGUCCGGUUAUUCGCACAAGCUCACCUAGGUCAAAAGUCUUGAGUGGACAGUCGAAGUAUAUCACUACACCCACAAAAGGCUAUUCAGGUCUAAGUCCACGUAACCUCCGUAGCCCUGGAUCCAAAAGCUCUAAAAAAUGCCUGAUUUCGGAAAUGAGCCAGGAGCCACGUCCUAUUGCUAAAGAUUGUGUUUAUCCAGCACUUGUUGGCUGCUCUACCCCUGUAGAGGCAGUUUUACCACAGAUAUCCUCCAACAUGUGGUAAGCCAUAUUUCCUCUUCACUAGGGUUUGGGUUCAGUUUAAGGUCAUUCCUCAUUU